AGUUACUAAGCAACGCCAGUAGAGUUGGCGCAAGAUGGCGAAGACAUAAAGAAGACUCGUGUCGUUUCGUCCUCUAAGGCUAAAAACGCUGAAACUUAGUCACCCACACUCAUUGAAACAAGAAACUUUUGUAGUUCGUGCCGUUUAAGUCAAGAUGGAGGAAGAAGAGACGACGUUGGCUUUGAUCAAGUACUACUGCUACGAAAAGUAUUACAGUCAUGCUGUAAACGCCGCAGCAGAUGCCCAAAGGAAAUUCAGCAAUGAUCCUAUCUACAGCUUUUUCCAUGCAUACGGUACCCUGAUGCAAGAUCAGAUUCAAGAAGCGUCAGUGGAGCUGGAUGCAAUAAGAGACAAUCGAGAUGUAUCUCUAUGCACGUUGAUGGCCCUGGUUUAUGCUGAGAAAAAACAGACGAACCCAGACAGAGAAGUGAUUCAAGAACUUGAUGCUAAAGUCAAAGAGGAUCGCAAAACUGCGUCUCCUAAGAGUCUGUACCACGCUGGUAUGUUCCUCUGGCUAAUAGGGCGAAAUGACAAAGCUAGAGAAUACACAGAGAGAAUGAUCAAACUGUCCAACGGUUCCAAAGAGGGUAUCAUUCUAAAAGCCUGGAUAGAUGUGACAUCUGGCAAAGAUGCUUACGCUAGAAAGGCUGGGAAAUACUUUGAUGAGGGACUGAAAGAGGGAGCAGAUGCUUUUGCACUGAUGGGAAAGGCACAAUAUUAUGAAUAUCGCCAAAAUUACUCUGGUGCACUGGAGAUGGUAAACCAGGUCAUCGUUAGUUCCCCUGUGUUCCUGCCAGCGCUCAUUAAGAAGAUGAAACUGUUGCUCAGCCUUCAGGACUGGGAGCAAACCAUGGAUGCAGCACACAGGCUAUUACAGAGGGACAUAAAUAACCCGGAGGCAAUACGGAUGUUAGCGCUGUAUUCCUUAUGCAGAGAUGGAGAUACGACUGAGUCAGUGAAGCAGCUUUCAAACCUCAUGCGGAGUUUGGAUAUUAUGGAACCCAACAACCCUGAGCUGUUCUACAGGAUGUCUCUAGCUUUCACUCGCCUUUGUGGACGCAAUGAAAAAGUGAUUGAGCAGACAUUCAGGAUGGUGGAGAGAGCAUUUUCUAUGGCAUCGCACAACUCAGACUUAGCCACAGAGCUGGGCUACCAGAUGGUGCUUCAGGGCCGAAUCAAGGAGGCUAUGAAGUGGUACAAGACCGCCAUGACUUUGGAUGAGACCAGUGUUUCUGCUUUGACUGGGCUAAUUCGUUGCCAGCUGAUAGAGGGCCACCUAGAGGACGCAGAACAACAGUUAGAAUUCCUAACAGAGAUUCAGCAAACUAUUGGAAAAUCAGGGGAACUACUGUACCUCCGUGCCGUUCUGGCAGCGAAGAAGCGACGGCCACUGGAAGAUGUGACUAAACUGCUUAACGACACAGUGGACACACACUUCUCCACGCUGCAGGGUCUGCCUUUGGGAGUGGAGUAUUUUGAAAAACUCAACCCUGAUUUCCUGUUGGAGAUUGUUAAAGAAUAUCUUGCACUGUGUCCUACUAAGCCUCCAGCCCAGGGGCAACUGCCCCCUCCUCUGCUCCAACACUGUUCCACAUUGUUGGAUACUGUAGUCAAAAUUGUGCCAGGUCUUCUGCAAGGGGUUUUCCUACUAGCCAAAGUCAGGUAUCAGUCUGGCGAUAUUGACGCGGCUCAGAGUGGUUUGCAUCACUGCUUGGAACAGUGUCCUUCCCAUGCGGAUGCACAUCUGCUAAUGGCACAGAUCCAUCUGCUGCAGGGCAACUUCAUGUUGUGUUCCCAGGCUCUUGAACUCUGCCUCAGCCAUAACUUUGAGAUUCGAGAACAUCCACUGUACCAUCUAAUCAGUGCUCAGGCAAAGAAGAAGAUGGGUCAGCUUGCAGAAGCCAUUCAGACACUGCAGAUGGCCAUGAGUCUUCCUGGUGUCCGUAGAGGUGCACCUUCAUCCAAGUCCAAGAGCAAAAAGGUUGAGCUAAGCCCUGCUGACUGCGUGUCUGUUUUUCUGGAGUUAGCCGAAGCUCUGUGGCUCAAUGGAGAACAGCAUGAAGCAGCAAAGGUGAUGCAGGACGCCAUCAUUGAGUUCUCGGGCAGUCCUGAGGAGCUACGUGUCACUAUUGCUAAUGCGGACCUGGCCCUGCUCCGUGGCGACACUGAGCUGGCACUUAGCAUGCUCAGAAACAUCACAGCUGAGCAGCCCUACUACAUCCAGGCCAAGGAAAAAAUGGCAGACAUAUAUUUGAACCACAGAAAAGAGAAGCGACUGUAUGCCAGUUGCUACAGAGAAAUGGUGGAAAAGCUGCCCAGCACUCAGACAUACCUCUUACUUGGUGAUGCCUACAUGCACAUCCAAGAACCAGAGAAAGCCAUUGAAGUUUAUGAGCAUGCUCUGAAGAAAAACCCCAAAGAUGGUGCUUUAGCCAGCAAGAUCGGGAAAGCACUGGUGAAGACUCACAACUACGUCAAGGCAAUCAAUUACUAUGAGGCUGCUUUGAAAACUGAGCAACAGAGCUUUCUGCGCUAUGACCUGGCUGAGCUGCUGAUGAAGAUGAAGCAGUAUGAGCGCUCUGAAAGAAUCCUGCAUGAAGCUCUGGCCCACGAGCCAGUGAAUGAACUUCAGGCACUCUCGGAUGAUUGUCGUUAUCUAGUCCUUCUGGCAAAAGUCCAAAACAAGGUUGAUAAAAAUAACGAAGCUUCAAUUUCCCUGCAAAAAGCCCGGGAUGUGCAGGCCAAGGUGCUGAAGCGGGUGCAGUUAGAGCAGCCCGACGCCUUCCCCAUGCAGAAGCAGCUUGCAGCCGAGAUCUGCUCUGAGAUCGCUAGACACUACACAAGUCAGAGGGUCUAUGAGCGAGCAGUCAAAUUCUACAAAGAAGCUCUUGUGUAUUGUGAGUCCGAUCGCAAGGUGAUGCUGGAGCUGGCACGGUUGUACCUCACUCUGGAUGAGGUGGACGCCUGCCAGGAGCAAUGCAGCGUCAUUUUGAAGACUGAUGAAUUUAAUGAAGACGCAACUCUGAUGAUGGCGGAUAUUAUGUUUAGGAAGCAGGACUAUAAACAGGCAGUUUUCCACUUUCAGCAGCUUUUGGAGCGCAAACCAGACAACUACCCAACUCUGUCACGUCUUAUUGACUUGUUGAGGAGAGCUGGAAAGUUGGAAGAAGUCCCCAGAUUCCUUGAAAUGGCAGAAAAACAUUCUUCCAGGACUAAGCUUGACCCCGGCUUUAACUACUGCAAAGGACUUCAUCUUUGGCACACGGGUGCACCCAACGAGGCUCUGCGACACUUCAACAAAGCACGGAAAGACAACGACUGGGGCCAAAACGCUGUGUAUAACAUGAUUGAAAUCUACCUGAACCCCGACAAUGACACAAUGGGGGGAGAAGUGUUUGAGAAUUUAGAUGGAGAAAUAGGGAACUCCACAGAGAAGCAGGAGUCGGAGCAGCUCGCUGUGAGAACAGCUGAGAAGCUGCUGAAGGAGUUGAAGCCUCAGACGCCAGGGGGACACACCCAGCUUCGCAUCCUGGAGAACUACUGCUUUCUAGCAACUAAACAGAAGGCCAAUAUAGAAAAAGCCCUCGGUGUGUUCACAGAGAUUGCGAACAAUGAGAAAGACCACAUCCCCGCUCUGUUGGCCAUGGCAACAGCUUACAUGAUGCUGAAGCAAACUGCCCGAGCUAGGACCCAACUCAAACGCAUCGCUAAGAUGAACUGGAGCAUUGUCGACGCCGAUGAGUUUGAGAAGAGCUGGCUGCUCCUGGCAGACUCCUACAUCAACUUGGGGAAGUUUGACAUGGCUGGAGACCUCUUGAAGAGAUGCCUCAACCAUAACAAGUCAUGCUGUAAAGCUUAUGAAUAUAUGGGCUACAUAAUGGAAAAAGAGCAGGCUUUCCGUGAUGCAGCACUCAACUAUGAACUGGCUUGGAAAUAUGGAAAUCGGACUAAUCCAACUAUUGGGUACAAGCUUGCAUUCAACUACUUGAAAGCAAAGAGACAUGUUGACGCCAUUGACGUGUGUCAUAAGGUUCUUGCUGCUCAUCCAGAUUAUCCCAGAGUGAGAAAGGACAUCCUGGACAAAGCCCGCGCUGCUCUGAGAGCCUAGUGGUAGAUGGGGGGGGGCGAAGAAUGCAUGUGAAGGAGGCAGCCACAUUUUCUGAAAUAAAACAACUUGUUUGGCUGUUUGGCUUCACUGUUGGUAUGGAGAAUGUGGAAUGUGCAGUUUUGCUUUCUGGAUGUUUGUUCAAAUACAAAGUUAAUAUUUAGGUACUGGAGAAGAACAAAAAUCGUGAUUUUAAUUUCUGUUUAUGAAACAACUAAAGGCUAAAACUAAAAAACAAAAACUGAUUUUGUAACAGAAAAUAUGCAGGAGGACACAAUUUAUGAAUAUGUGUAUAAAAUAAAGUUUGUUCUAUUACUGAAA